UCUGGUAAGCAGUGAUGGAAUGGAAGGUGGUUGAGGAGCAGGUGGCAUGAUCUACAGACCAAGAAUUUGUGACUUUGUGUUUUUAGAAGCGGCGGCAGUGUAUGAGGUCAAAGUGGUGGCGUACAAUGGAAAUGGAGAGAGCAACUGUUCCACCAGGCUGGUGUCACUGGCAGCGGAAAGCACCAGUUCAGGAGUGAACAGCAGGUGUCAGUGCAGGGACGGAGACGCCUCUCUGAGCAGCAUCAUGGUUGGGAUCCACAUCGGCACAGCCUGUAUCAUCUUCUGCGUGCUCUUCCUCAUGCUCGGAUACCGUCACAGUCUCUUUUGUAGUAAAGCCACAAACAACAGUUGGUCGAUGCCGAGGGACUACGCCGCACACCCCAGAUCCAACAGCACAACUAAAGAUGGCGGUCAGCGGCCAGCCGUGUCUCAGGUUUGGAUUCCCACACAUUUCCACAAAACACUGUCACCUUGGAAUAAAUCCCAUCAUUCACUGAAAUAUGACCAUCGCUGA